CAAUCAAGACAUUUUACGCGGUUGCUACGCACGCCCUGCUCACCGCAGACGCGUUUUAAUCCACGGCGAGAUGCUUGCAAAGCGGCGCGCGCGUGUUUUCACGAGAUGUUGCGAGAGCAGCCGCCGCAAUGCAGCGGCGUUGACUUGAGCUACGGGGGCACCGCAAAUCUCGACGGCGAAAGCCAUUCCAGGGAGGCAACCGCAAACACUUUGGAGUCGUAUCCUUCACGUUAACACGCAUAUAGACGUGGCAAGUGGAAGACCGGCGAGAGAGGGGAGCGCAAAGCCUCGCAAGUGAUCUGACGUGCAUUUCCCUGUUUUGGCCGAGGCUUGCUGAGCUGCAGCAUGACCACAGCAGCGACGGCUCAUCUGGUACUUGUGGCAAAUGAAAAUGGAGGAGGUUUCAAUGUCCGGCCUGGACAACGGCAAGCUGGAGGGCCUAGCUCAGGACAUCCUGUCUGACCUGGUGGAGGAUGCUUGCCUGGGCCUUUGCUUCGAGGUGCACCGGGCUGUCAAGCAGGGUUAUUUCUUCCUGGAUGACACGGACCAAGAAAGCAUGCGAGACUUUGAAAUCGUGGACCAGCCGGGCUUGGAUGUGUUCGGCCAGGUUUACAACCAGUGGAAAAACAAAGAGUGCGUUUGUCCCAACUGCAGCCGAAGCAUCGCCGCCUCGCGCUUUGCGCCGCACCUGGAGAAGUGCCUCGGCAUGGGACGCAACAGCAGCCGCAUCGCCAACCGCAGAAUAGUCACAGGUAACAACACCAACAACAAGUCCGAGAGCGACCAAGAAGACAACGACGAUGUCAAUGAUAACGACUGGUCUUACGGGGCAGAAAAGAAAGCCAAGAAAAGAAAAGGUGACAAGAAUCCAAAUUCACCAAGAAGAUCCAAAUCCUUCAAGCAUAAGAGCAGCAUGAUGGGUCCUCGACGUCGCAUGGACAACCAGGAAAGCCCGCGCAUGUUGAUGAAAGAUGAGGCCUUCCCUCAGUAAUGACACAUGGACAACCAGCAGUACUCGAUUGUGGUGAAAGUAUUGCGUUUUACAGUGGCUUGUACGACGACUACUGCUCAGACCUCCCACUUAGUACUUGACAGUUUUUUUUUUUUUUAAACUACCCGAAUCAUCGUAAAGACACUGGCUUUUUAAUCCUCUCCUCGCUGGAAUUGCUGUCACGGUUAUAAUGAAUCAUUUGAUGUAUGAUUUCACUACAUAUAUCAUGCAAGGUAUUGUCAAAAAAGAAAAACUGAAUUACGCAAGCAAGUGUGUGCGUAUUUCAGCUGUUCGUUUUCUUCCGGAAGAAAAUAAUGUCUAAGGGUCACAUGACGUUUCAGACAAUCACUAGAAAUGGUUUGGCUUCUGUUUUCGCGCCUCUGUGUGUGCAUGCGUGAGUUUGAAGGAGAAACAACUCACUCACCAGCGAGUGCACAUUUAUUGAACAAGCAAUUGGUGGCGAAAGCAAGUGUCUUUUUUUUUUUUCUUUUUUGGGUGGGGGGGUACUUGAGUUUUAGGGUUCAAACAUGUCUCAUGUGUUUACAGUGUAAAAGGGUUGCACAAAUCCUCAAUUGUGAUGUGAUAGUGUAAAUAUUCCGAUAGUUGAAUUGCUGCUAUCCUGGCUCAGUUUCUUUCAUCUCUCUAGCAUAAUAAAUGAUUUGUUAUUUGUC